GGGCUCGCCCGCGUCACGUGACGUGGUCCAUCUGCUGCUGCUUCGGGAGACGUGAGGAGGAGCCGCCCCGCGGUCGCCAUCGUCUCCGCUCUCUGCCCCGUGCGCCUCUCACCCGCCUCGUGCUGCCGCCCGCCAUGGCGAGUCAGUCGCAGGGAAUCCAGCAGCUGCUGCACGCCGAGAAGCGCGCGGCGGAGCGAGUGGCCGAGGCGCGCAAGCGUAAGGCUCGCAGGCUGCGUCAGGCGAAGGAGGAGGCACAGGCUGAGAUCGAGCAGUACCGGCAGCAACGCGACGCAGAGUUCCGGGGCAAGCAGGACACGGUGCUGGGCUCCCAGGGAGAUGUGUCGGCGCGCAUCCAGGAGGAGACGCGUGGCCGGGUGCACGCGAUGCACGCGCGGCAGAGAGAGGCACGCGACCCCGUGCUGCGCCGCCUCCUCGCCAUGGUGUGGGACGUGCGGCCCGAGAUACACGCCAACUACCGCGGAUAGCUCAACACACUCACCACACUCACCACCACUCACCACACUCACCACGACUACCGCGGAUAGCUCACCAGAAUCACCACCACUCACCACACUCACGACUACCGCGGAUAGCUCACCAGAAUCACCACCACUCACCACACUCACCAAACUCACCACACUCACCACACCCACCACACCCACCACACUCACCACACUCACCACGACUACCGCGGAUAUCUCACCACACUAACUACUGGGGGGGCGGGGAGAUAGCUCACAACACCACACGCACACCACAGACAGCACGGCACCAUACCUGAUGAAGAGCCAAAGUCGUGUAAAUGUCUAUUAGUGGCCUAUGUGGCCGAUUGUGUUAUUAUUAUUGCUGUUGUUAAUGCGGUUUCAUGAGCUGGGGAGCUUGAGCAUCCAGCAUCCUGCGAGGAGCCCACGUCACGCAAAUCUAACGCCGAUUGCGCGGGGGGAGGCAUCUGAUGGCGUGGUGACGAGCAGCCAGCCUCAAGUUUCUCCUUCCCCGACAAACGAAUCCUCGGCCCCUGACCUCCGCUUUCCUUAAAAUCAAAGUGGACUUCUAGAACCUGAACAGCGUGCAGGAGGGAACCGCAUCGCUGGAGCCCAGUGCGGCGGCAUGCAUCCCAGCGUUGCCGGGCCCCCCGGGCUCGUGACCGCACGUGUAGCCCCGUGUCAGUGUUACCGCUCGGUUCUUGCAUGCGAUGGCGCUUCAUUUGUCGCGAGAUUAAAGGCAGCCGAGCUCAAA